AUGGAUGAGGCUGAUAGUGUAAAGUUUCGGCAGCAGCUUCUGAUGGUUGCUGAAGACUUGGGAAGGGAAGAUGUGGAGGCCCUCAAAUUUCUGUGCCAGGACUUUAUCCCCUUCGGUAAGCUGGAAGCUAUGACUUCGGCAUGUGCGGUCUUCCAGUUCCUCAUAUGCAAUGACAUGGUAAAUCAGGAGGAUACUUUUGUCCUAGCGGAGCUUCUCUAUAGGAUUCAGCGUAACAAUCUGCUGCACAGAAUCGGCUAUACCAAAGAGAAAGUUCAAGAAAACCUACAUCUGAGAGGGAAGGUAUCCGAAUUCCGACAGAUGCUGUAUGGACUGUCAGAAGAAUUCACGGAGGACGAUCUCAGGACUGCCGAAUUCCUUCUGAGGGGUUAUCUUCCUAGGAGACAAUCCAUUAUGUCUGGCAUGGAACUACUGACUGCCUUAGAGAGGAAAGGCUUCUUAUCGGAGAACGACCUAUACUUGUUGGAAGAGCUGUGCUCCAAAGUCUCACAAGACUUGCUGAUAAGGAUCAAUACGUACAAAAUGAAAAAAGUUUCUCUGUCUGUUCAAGAAAGCAAAGGCCCUGCGUCCUCUUCCGUUCCAGAACCAUCUUUUGGAAGCACUAGCCUGCAUGCUGCUAUCCAGGAAGGCUCUAUCCAACACCCAACAAAAAAUCUAGAGUCUUAUGGGAGCCUGAGGGAGCACACUGGACACGUUCAUUCUUUCGGAUCGAAUCCAGGUAUCGAAGCAGGAAAUUUGGUCGGCCACUCAGAACAGAGCCUUAAAUUGCGUGAACAGGAUGAUGAAUCAAAAACUACGUCAUCUCUGUAUAAAAUGGAUGGACCAUGUAGAGGGCAUUGCCUCAUUUUUAAUAAUGUCAACUUUGACGAAUCUCUUAGACCAAGGAUGGGAUCUCAGAAAGAUGCCGAUGAACUGGAACGUGUGUUUAAGUGGCUCGGGCUGGAAGUCGUUACGUACAACGAUCGGACCUCGAUAGAAAUCCGAGAUCACCUGGAGGAGUGGCAGUCUUCCAAGAAAUGGAAAGACAGCGACUGCUUAGUCUGCUGCAUACUGACUCACGGCAAAUCGGGAGGAAUAUACGGCACGGACGCCCUUCUAAUACCCAUCCGUACCAUCAUGUCCUACUUCACGGCCAAACGCUGCCCUCUGCUGGCCACAAAGCCAAAACUCUUCUUCAUCCAGGCAUGUCAAGGCAACAAGACACAGAAGCCGGUCUACCUUGAAGCAGACGCGGGUGAUCGUGGCCAUCUCGGAUCCGAUGCCCAGAGCACAGGGUCUUUCUCUGCACAGCAAAUGAUGCCAAGCAUUCCAGAAGAAGCCGAUUUCCUCCUCGGCAUGGCCACGGUGGAUGGCUAUCUCUCGUUCCGGCACACACGGGAAGGCACGUGGUACAUCCAAGCCCUCUGUUCCAAGCUGCUGGAGCUGAUACCAAGUGGUGAAGACAUCUUGUCCAUUCUUACAGCCGUCAACAAAGACGUGAGCGAUCGGGCGGACCCUCGCGGGUCUAUUAAGCAAAUGCCCCAGCCAGCUUACACCCUGAGGAAAAAACUGAUAUUCCCUGUGCCUAGAGAUCCUCCUCCAUCGCAGCAGUAG